AUGGCCACCGAGGAUGAGACUGAUAUCAACUAUGCCACACCGUACAUCUAUGCCUCAUGGGCAUUGACCGCGAUUGCAGGAUUGGCUUUGUUGUUCCGCUUUGCCAUCAAGUCCUGGAUCCAAUGGGCUUACCCCGUGUCAGCUCUCCAGACCGACUCUGGGGGUUCGAAGAUCUGCUCUACGCCGCGGGUUAUACUUUUGACCUUGCGCAUAUUGUGCUUGUGCAAAGAAGGUUUGCGUCUGGCCCAAGCCACGGCAAUGCCGAUUCAUUUGAUGAAUGUACUUACGAAGCCGGACUCGGGCAUCAUUAGUGAUGAGCUCAGAAGCACACUGAAGAACGAGUUCAUAUCUCAGCCUUUAGGGAUUUUGGCCUCGAUGCUGUCUCGCACAGGGAUGAUGUGCUUUCUCUACAGUUCUUAUAACGGCGCCGACCGUCGGAUUCGCAUCUCUAUCCUCGUUUGGUUCAAUUCCGGAAUCGACCUAUUCUUGACAGCGCUCUCCGCGAUACAGCUAUGGGGCUAUACGAUGCGGGCGACGGAUCGGAGACCAUCACACAGUGAAUCCUUCUGUUCGCGCUUGCGGAAAAUACCUCGCAGGUCGCGAAACCGGCGGUUGUGGCAAACCUGCGCCUUGAGCGGUCCAUUGCUGUUGUCGGGCAUUGCGUCGAUCAUCAAGACUUGGUUACUCAAAGCUAUCGAAGAGAGAAAUGACAUUACCCAUAACAUAGUGCCACAAGUGCUGUGGGUGAAAAUUGAGAAUUACAGCAUCCUGCUUGCGACCUGCGCUCCUAUUAUCCGCCAUCUGAAGUCGAGUGUCUCUAAUAAUGGAUCUCCGAGCAAGGAUUACCCUACCUCUGGCAUUCUAUCUGGUGGAGUGAGCCAGGGGCUAGAACUGGACAUGGUACGCCACACAAAUGACCAGGACACGGUCGCUCUCGCUAUGCCCGUCAAAGACACACAGGAUGGUCAGAUUUUGUCAGGAGCUUAG